GCAUUCCUAGAAGCCUGCCUCCAGCUCUGGCGUCUGCUCUGGGUGCCUCCUCCUAGGCGUGUCUCGGGAGAGUGGGCGGCCCCUUUCCUGAGAGCACUUAGUCUCACUUGGCCCCCCACGCCUCUCCUUCUCCCCUCCCUCUUCCACCUCAGCCUUUCUUUUCGCCAGGGCCACUUCCUUCUUCUGCCUGUUCCUCCCCAGGGUGCGGAAGCAGAGAACCCAAUCCAGACCCACGCGGCAGCUGCUCUUCGGUGAAGAAGGAAGCAAUCAGAGAGGUGGUAUCCAGUUGGAGGCGAUGCUCUUACUUUAGAAGCUACCAGGAAUCAUAAUAAUCCAUCCGGAUGAAGUUGUUUCUGUCGGGUCAUCACCUGGAAGGAAACAGUGAAACAGCUCCACCUUCAGCUCCUUAUUCAGCCUGGAGAACCUCUCUUGGGAAAGACUGAAUGGAUGUCCCUCCUGCCCGGUCACUUGCUGGUCUCCGUUGGUGGUGUUCUCUCCCCUCAUGCCUUUGAUUGUUCUUUCCGCAAUGAAUGUGGAUCAUGAGGUGAACCUCCUAGUAGAGGAAAUUCGACGUCUGGGGUCUAAAAAUGCUGAUGGGAAGUUAAGCGUGAAAUUUGGGGUCCUCUUCCAAGACGACAGAUGUGCCAACCUCUUUGAAGCAUUGGUGGGAACUCUGAAAGCCGCAAAGCGAAGAAAGAUUGUUACAUACACAGGAGAACUGCUUUUGCAGGGUGUUCACGACAAUGUUGACAUUGUACUGCUGCAAGAUUAAUGUGGUUUGUGUAUCUUCGUAUCUCCGGUAAACUGGAAUAAUUAAGUCAAAAGACAAACAUACGCUUCCUUAUGUAUUUUUAUAGGACUUUGUAAACAAGGGGGACUCAUUGAAAAGUCCUGUUUUUAUACCUUGAAACAUUACACUGUAAAGUAAACAAAACCUAUUAUUUUUCUUAAGAAUGUGAUUGGGAAAUGCAGGCAAUGAAACAUUUUUGGAGGUGUGAGAGGAGUUUUUGUUUUUCUUGAUUUAUUCUUGGAGAAUUUCUACAGGCACUUGACAUUCUGUCAAAGCAAGAGGCAAAUUGAAGAUCAGCUGCCAUGAGGAACGCUGUGUUUAUGUAAUAAAAACAUGUAACUGC